AUCAACUGAUUCUGCUACCCACAAACGACGAAGACCGAUGCGGGAACGACCAUCAAAUGAUUCUGCAGCCAGCUACCGACGAAGACCAAUGCAGCAAUGACCACCAAAUGAUGCUGCAGCCCUCAAACGACGAAGACCGAUGCGGGAACGACCAUCAACUGAUUCUGCAGCCUAUAAAAGACGAAGACCGAUGCGGCAACGACCAUAAACUGAUGCCGCAGCCAGCUACCGACGAAGACCGAUGCGAUCUCACCAGUCUCCACUGGUUGCACCAAUCAGACCUCCUCAACAGCUGUGUCUCCUCUCUCCCCACGCCUCCCAAUUCUCCCUCCCACGCGCACACACCCUCUCACUCACUCGCCAAGACCGCCAACGGACAUAAGGCCGCACAGACUCUAAGGCUGACACUCAAUCCAGCCUGUGCCGAAGACUACAAGCUAAGCGGGGAUCACAAGCCGCCAUUCUCGUAUGCCACCCUCAUCUGUAUGGCUAUGAGGGCCAACAAUAAUAAGAUGACCCUAUCUGCCAUCUAUGCAUGGAUCAGGGAUAACUUCCUCUACUACAGGAACGCUGAUCCUACAUGGCAGAACUCGAUAAGACACAACCUUUCUUUGAACAAGUGCUUUGUAAAAGUGCCUCGGUCAAGGGACGAGCCUGGUAAGGGAGGAUUCUGGAAGCUGGACUUGGAUCGUCUGGAGGAAGGUCAGAGGAAUAGGAGACGGCUAGGUAGCAGUGGCUUGAGCAACCGCCGCCGUAACCGCUCAAAACGCAAACGCCGCCGCGUCAACGGUCGCCGUUGUGACGUCAUCUCAGAGCUCGUGGUAAUGACGUCACCAUCAGAUCCCCCCCUCACGCCGCCAAACCAGCCACCAGUCAGCGAAAGCCCCUCUACAAUCAUGCCGCCUCCCUCGCUAACCCUCAACCUUACCAACUUGAACAUGACUGUGGAAAGCAUUCUGCCAACAUUCCAAACUGAGACGUUUUCGCUGAAGAUGAGUGGCUAA